GCACGCAAGGCAUUUUUCAGUCUUCACUUUCUCUCAACUUAAACACCACCUCGUCCUCCCCGUCUUCUAGGGUUCGUGGAAUACUGAACUGAACAGAACUUUCUCUGGUUUAAGAUGGAGGGAAAAGCGAAUUUGGAAGCGGCGAUUGAGCAACUGCAGAACGUCGAAAAGCAGAUGAGGCUCGCCGGAGACGUCGCCGGCACUAAGAAAGCCGUCACCGAGAUUCUCCAACUCUGCUUCGAAGCUAAAGAUUGGAAAGCUCUAAAUGACCAAAUUAUCCUUCUCUCUAAAAAACGUGGUCAACUCAAACAGGCUGUAACUGCGAUGGUCCAGCAAGCAAUGCAAUACAUUGACGAGACUCCGGAUCUUGAUACUCGCAUCGAACUUAUUAAAACACUUAACAGUGUAUCUGCUGGCAAGAUAUAUGUUGAAAUUGAGAGAGCAAGGUUGAUUAGGAAACUAGCUAAGAUUAAGGAAGAGCAAGGGCUUAUAGCUGAAGCUGCGGAUCUGAUGCAAGAAGUUGCAGUGGAAACUUUUGGUGCUAUGGCAAAAACUGAGAAAAUUGCCUUCAUUCUUGAGCAAGUUCGUCUAUGCCUUGACCGCCAAGAUUAUGUUCGUGCACAAAUUCUCUCAAGGAAGAUUAGUCCAAGGGUUUUUGAUGCUGAUACUUCUAAGUCGAAGAAGAAACCAAAGGAAGGUGAUAAUGUUGUUGAAGAGGCUCCUGCCGAUAUACCAUCAUUGUUGGAGUUAAAGCGGAUCUACUAUGAACUGAUGAUACGGUACUACUCCCAUGACAAUGAUUAUCUUGAAAUUUGCCGUUGCUACAAGGCAAUAUAUGAGAUUCCCCCUGUAAAGGAAAAUCCUGCCCAAUGGAUUCCAGUCUUGAGGAAAAUCUGUUGGUACUUGGUACUUUCACCUCACGAUCCAAUGCAGUCAAGCCUUCUGAAUUCCACCUUGGAGGAUAAGAAUCUUUCUGAAAUUCCUAAUUUUAAGUUGCUGUUGAAACAGUUAGUGACGAUGGAAGUCAUCCAAUGGACAUCUCUUUGGAAUGCAUUUAUGGAUGAGUUUGAAAAUGAGAAGAACUUACUUGGAGGAUCCUUGGGUGACAAAGCAGCAGAGGAUUUAAAGCAAAGAAUAAUUGAACAUAAUAUCCUUGUUGUUUCAAAGUAUUACUCCAGGAUUACUGUGAAGAGACUAGCAGAGUUAUUGUGUCUCAGCAUCCAGGAAGCUGAGAAGCAUCUUUCUGAUAUGGUUGUGUCCAAAGCUUUGGUGGCAAAGAUUGACAGGCCAAUGGGAAUUGUGUCUUUCCAAGUAGCGAAGGAUAGCAAUGACAUUCUCAACUCAUGGGCAAUGAACUUGGAGAAGCUGCUUGAUCUUGUUGAGAAGAGUUGCCACCAAAUACACAAAGAAACUAUGGUCCACAAAGCUGCUCUAAAAGUUUGAAAGGGCUGGUGCCACUGAAUGCACGAAGUUUUAAUUGUGUUUAGAACCCAUUUAAAUCUCUGCUGAGUGGGUUUGGUUGGACAUUCAUCAUAUCCUGAAGAUAUUUCUUUUGUUGGUUAGGCUGUGAUGAUGCUUAGAAUUGAGAGUAAAGAUUGCUGUAUACUUCUGGCACAUGCUGUACCACUGACUAAUGGCAGGACCCAAAUGGGCUUCGUCUGUAGCAGUAGAGGGAAAUCUCAAUUUCAGCUUUGUUUAAGAUUCUUCAUUUGUUUAAUAUGGUUUAUCUGUCAUUUAUCAUCAUUACCGCGGCAUUUUAUCA